GAAAGAGAGAGACACACACACACAAACACAAACACACACACACACGCACACACAUACACACACACAGAAGAAUAACCCUAGUGUGGGGACACUCAUUCUCUAUGAGGAGGCUGUUGUGAUUUCACACCCCCACCUCCCUCAUUCCCCUGUUAACCCUGAAGACAAGACACACUUGGUUAGAUUGGAGAAUCUCUCCACGCAGUCCAAAUGCCACCGUACUGGACCUCCGUGACCUCACUGCUGAAUGCAUAUUAAGAUAAAAGUGCUAUUAAAUGCUGAUGAGGAAGCUGAUGAGGAAGCCUGUGGAAAGGAAUCAGACUUCCUUAGUCACACACCUACUGUAUAUGCAUACCAUGACAUCCAAACAAGCACCUCAUUACACACACACAUACUCAAACACACACACACUCACACAUACGCACUCACACAUACGCACACACACUUUGGUUGUCACUGUCACCAUUUGCACAGGUGAUGAGCAGCCCCACCCUUUGAGUGGCGGUGCCAGUCACCAGCGUCUCUCGGUGUUUGCUGAAGUGGUUAAUGUAUAACCCCUUCAUCACGUCUCGUCCAUGUCACAGUGAGACAUGUUUCGACCGCACUGACACAGGCACCUAUUGUACUGAGUUAAAGAGGCCCUUCCUGAGCAUGUUGCAAUAAAGCCUCCUUUAGUCCCCCUGAAGCCUUCCUCCAGUGAUGAGGCAAGCAUGUUGUUCCUUUGAUCAAACAGGUUUUUCAUGGAACAUUAAAGCUGUGCAAUUGCUGUGUUGAAAGUAUGGUCUUUGCCAUGUGCUUAUUUGCCAGAUGAUAGAUAGAUAGAAAGAUAGAUAGAUACUAGUGAUUGCAUUCACAUUCCAUGGACAAUAACCUCCACCAUCAUCAAACAUGUUCUGAAUGCCUUUUUCAAAAAUCCAAUACCGCAUGGCACAGUUCACCUUACCGCGUAAUCACAGAAUUCAUAGUUUACCCACGUCUUAUUUUACCACUACAACCCUGGUUGAAGGAGAUAGUGGUAGAGAGAUAGAAGAAAGGAAGUGCCUGGUAAGUGUAUGCUAUGGUGUAUUGGGGUGUUAGAUGUGUUAGGAGAAAACAGACUCUCAGAAGAGUUGGGUCUUCAAGAGCUUCUUGAGGAUAGUAAUGGACACCCCCCCCCCGGUAGUUGUUCCACCAAUGGGGAACUACGAAUGAAAAUAGUCAGGAUUGCCGUGUUCACCAUGCUGGGCAGUAACAUAAGCCUUUAUGAAAGCAUUUCAUAUCCAGGCAUACAGACUUCCUGACUUUGUGUUGUUGUUACUUUUCCUGAAAUGCAGUGACCUUUGCUUGACAGCGCUGUGGCCAAAAACUCUAUUUGUUUGGUGUUAUUGGUCUGCCAUAAUGGCAUACAAUAACUUAAUUAGUUUAUGUGAUAUGCUGGUCAGCUGGUCUGUGUAAUAAUCUGCCAUUGGGCUUUUCUGAUGGGUGUACCGUGUAUGGUUAAGGGUGUGGAGAAAAUAGAUAAGGCUUAGACUUGAACAUAGCAUAAACAUUCUCACUGAACAAGUGGGUGUGUGAAUCUAAAAUCAAUGGCUAGAUAAAGAGGAGUUAAGUGAUAUCUGGAUUGCCAAACAACUUUCUGGGGAAACACCACAGAUGUUAUUUUUCCCUCACGAAGCUUUUCCCUCCUCCUGCCAAAGCGAGAAUCAUACAACCCUGACAAAAAGUCAGCCCACACAGAGUGGGGCGGAGAGAAGACCCCCAGGACUAAAGAACGUCAGGUCGUCCAAACUCUUCCCAGCGCUCUGCAUUCCUGACCUGGGAAGCAUGUGGAGAGCGAGCCAUCUCAGGCACCGGAGGGUCGCACAGCGAUUAAGGCACUUGUUUGUGUCGAGAUGUGACUGAGGGUUUUUCCGCUACUCUCUCACCUCUGCGCUUGUAAUUCAUUCACCUCAUCACCCUGUGGUGGGGGGGGCAGGCUGUGUGCUGAACUGAACUGAAGGGCUCUGUGGAGGAUCAUACAACUCCCCAGCAGAAAGGAGAGAAAGAGAGUGAGAGAGAGAGAGAGACUGAGAGAGAGGAGCAGGCAAGGAAAAACAGACGCCUCAAUAAUAAAGGAUCUGUCAGGAGGGGUUACUAAAGGGCAUUGGCCGGACAACUCCUCUCCAGUGAGGGUGUGUGUGUGUGUGGGGGGGGGGGGGUGGUGGUGAGAGAGAGAGAGAGAGGCAGGGAUCAUGAGGCUGUAGUCAGCAGGCUCCAACAUUCAAACUGACAGUAUCUGCUGUCUCAGACACACGCACAGCACAGAGCUCCGGGUCAGCAGUGGGAGGCUUCCACACAUCCCUGUUCCGCAGCAGCAGCAGGAGCAGCUCAGCUCUUAUCAGCCCCAGUGCAGUGGAGGAAGAAGAGGAAGAGGAGGAGAAGUGCUUCCUUGGGGCAAUGGACCCACCACAGGACUCGCUAUCGGACUGGGAGGCCCUGCUCGAGCUGGACGAAGCCCUGGCAGGGUGGCUUCCACAGGGUUCGGUGUGGGGCGAAGAGUGGCUCUGGACCACGUAUCAAGUGGACCCUGCGGAUCGGAACCAGCAGUUGUACGACGACGAUGACGACAUCCCAGCCGUCUUGAGCCCUACGUAUAAACAGCGUAAUGAGGACUUCAGGAAGCUCUUCAAACAGCUGCCCGACACCGAGCGGCUCAUCGUGGACUACUCCUGUGCUCUGCAGCGUGACAUUCUGCUGCAGGGUCGACUCUACCUCUCGGAAAACUGGAUCUGUUUCUAUAGUAACAUCUUUCGCUGGGAGACACUGCUGACAGUGCGUCUUAAGGACGUUUGCUCCAUGACAAAGGAGAAGACGGCGCGUUUGAUCCCCAAUGCCGUUCAGGUGUGCACGGACACUGAGAAGCACUUUUUCACCUCGUUUGGGGCACGGGACAGGACCUACAUGAUGAUGUUCAGGCUCUGGCAGAAUGCCCUGCUGGAGAAGCCCCUCUGUCCCAAAGAGCUGUGGCACUUUGUCCAUCAGUGCUAUGGCAACGAGCUUGGCCUCACCAGUGAUGAUGAGGACUACGUUCCUCCUGACAACGACUUCAACACCAUGGGGUAUUGUGAGGAGAUCCCAGCCGAGGAGAACGAGAUCAGCAAUGACAACUCAUCCAAGAGCAGCGGGGAGGCCAAGGCCGACGGCAGCCCCUUACCUACGCACAAGAAGUCCCUCUCCAACAGUGCCCUCCACCCUUCCAACACCAGCAGCAACGAGGCAGCCCUCUCAUGUUAUAACUGCCGCCCCCUGUUGGCCUGUGUGCAGAUCGACAUGGCCCCCGAGGAGUACACGGACUGUCUGCCGGACGGAGAGCUGCUCGGAAUCCCGGUGCUGGUCGACGAUAGGAGCGGCGGGGAGAUGGGGGCUGCCGUGCCCGUGCCGUCGCCCUCGCUGGACUUCAACGACAACGAGGACCUCCCCACUGAGCUCAGCGACUCCUCGGAGACGCACGAUGAAGCAGGAGAAGUGCAGGCGUUCCACGAUGACCUGAACGGCCGGCAGUACAUUAACGAGGUGUACAAUUUCAGCGUGGACAAGAUGUACGACAUCCUCUUCGCCGAGUCGCAGUUCAUGAGUGACUGGAUGGACCAGCGGCGUUUCACCGACGUGGUGUAUCACCCCUGGAGGAAAGAGGACGCUGGAAACCAGACAAGAGAGAUCUUGUACACCAUCUCCCUCUCCAACCCACUGGCCCCUAAGACAGCCACUGUUACAGAGACACAGACUCUGUACAAGGCCAGUCAUGAGAGCGAGUGCUACAUCAUCGACGCCGAGGUGAUCACACACGACGUGCCGUACCACGACUACUUCUACACGCUCAACCGUUACAUGCUAACACGAGUGGCCAAGAACAAGUGUCGUCUGAGAGUGUCCACUGAGCUCCGCUAUCGGAAGCAGCCCUGGGGUCUGGUGAAGGGCUUCAUUGAGAAGAACUUCUGGAGUGGACUGGAUGAGAACUUCCGCUCUCUCGAGCUGGAGUUGGCCAAGCUGGAGGACGUCAUGCUGACAGAGCAGCAGGCUGUCUCCCAUCGUCCCUCGCCAAAAGCCAAGGCGGUCAAGAACUCCACGCUACGACGCAGGAAGAGGCCUUUACAGCACCUCCGAAACCAGCACAUCGAGGAGGCCCUGAGCCCCGUCACAACGCCGACCGACGAGGAGGUCAUCCACUGCAUCAAACACGUGGCAGGCUCCACCCAGACGAGGCAGCCCCCUGAACACCUCUCCAGCGGCUCGGCUCUCUGUAGCGUGUCCAAGCUUCUCCUUAUCAUCAGCUUUGUGAUCUGUAUAAGUCUGGUGCUUCUGGUGUUCCUGAACAUGAUGCUAUUCUACAAGCUAUGGAUGCUGGAGUACUCAGCCCAGAGCCUUACCACCUGGCAGGGCUUGCGGCUGCAGGAAAGUAAACUCCCCCAGACUCAGAUGGAGUGGGCCCAACUGUUGGAGUCGCAGCAGCGCUUCCAUGAUGCGGAGCUGCAGAAGUGGAGAGAGAUCAUCAAGUCCUCAGUGCUGCUCCUGGACCAGAUGAAGGACUCGUUGCUGAACCUUCAGAGGGGCAUUAACCUACGGGACUACAGCUCGGAGGCUGAGGAGAAGCGCAGCCGAUAUCACUGACGCUGGCCUUUAGCCGGCCAGUCAGCCACCAGGGGCAGGGUGUGCAAUGCAGAGCCGUGUGUGUGUGUGUGUGUGUGCUUGUACACUGAUAUGCAUACCAAACCGAGGACGCGAGGAGGAGGUCAACCUCCCCAGCCCACGGGCGUAUGAUGACUAUGCAUACCAAACCAGCGAAAGGAGAGAAAAGGGAUAGAAGAGAAAGAGGGAGGGAGGGAGAGAGAGCGAGAGAGAGCACAUCACUGGGUUUUGUCCACGGAGCUGCCCAACCCCGCCAAGCCAUGUGGGGAGGGGACGACUGGGGGUCGAAUCAGGAAGCAGCCCCCCCGUUGUCAACAGGAAGUGGGGCUUCUUCUGCUCUUCGACGCUGUGGGGAAACGCUCUCCUCUCAGCACCCCCUCCGUGCUCGUCUCCAAGUCCCUUCUUUUUCUUUGUCUUUCACGUCGGAGGUGGACACGUCGGAUGUCCAGGGCAGAGUCUCGCCCCAAGGAAAGGCAGAGAGACAAGAAGGGGUGUGGGAAGAGAACUUAGCAUGCAAUUCGUUUGUGUUCAUUUUUUUUUUAAUCCUGUUGCCUGCACUCCUGGCAACAAAGCUCCCCUUUGACCUUCUCUGACGGGUGUCUGGUGACAUUGGUGAUGCUCAGAGGAGGAGAGGAUGGUCUCAGCAGGUCCAGCAGGUUUCCCCCCGGGCUCCCCAACACACAGUCUCUGCUCAUGGUGGCAGCUGCAGAGAUCCCCCAGAGGCAUGCCUGACAGUACACACACACACACACACACGCAUACACACACACACACUCACACACAUUCUUGCACACACACAAACACACACACACACACACACAUACACACACACACACACACUCAUAUGCAACAUGCACAUUUACACAUACCACUCACCAUGCACACGUAACAACAACAUGUCACUCCUGAGAAUCAGGUCGCCCUCAGCUCUCUCCCCUAGUGGCUGGAGUGUGUGUCUGUGUGUGUCCAGGCGGCCAUUUUGCGGUGCCUGUCCGGGUUCUACGUCAGGGCUGGAUUCCCUGACGCUUCUCUCCCGGUGCCAAGGUGCUGCAUCCUCAGACAGUUAGUCAUGGUAGAGGACCAUAACCGGUAGAUUAACUCUGCAUCACAAGUGAUUGUAACAGGCACUGGACUGGACCCUUGCCAUUUUGAGAGUGGAGAGGUAACCAGCACCAUCUGCAUGUCCAGAGAAAGAGGUGACCAGACGCAGUAGUAGGAGACCCUCUUAAGAGCACUUGGCAUGAUGGUGGAGAUCAAAAUGGCUGCUUUGCAAUAAUGUUGGAAAGGAAUGGUAGAGGAAAUUUGGUCAAAAUGGGUACAGAUUUGAAAAAAAGGCACUGUAGAUACUAACAGUGCCCUCUAGUGGCAUGUCUCUCUCACUACGGACCAAUAGAGAGAGAGAAGAUCCGAGAGUCAUUCAUCAGUCUACUGACUAACAAAUUGUUGUGAAAUUAAGUUUAUAAUCUGUUCUAUUAGAAGUUGUACAAAAUAGAUUGAGAGACUUAUUGCAAUGGACACCAUCAUGACCAAGUCAAGAAUGUGUUACCUUCAAAAGGGGAACUGCAGCUGGACUGUUAGGGAGACUUGUGUCUUUUUGUGUUAGCGUUUGAUGACAAAACUGUGAUUAUAUCUCUUGAAAAUGUUUAAAGAUUGAAGGAAUUAUAUUAAUAUAUUUGAAAUAUAUAGUAUAUUUCAGUAUUUAAUAUAUAUUUCAAGGUAUAUGAAUAUACGCAUUACAGAUAUUUAUUGUUAAUUUAUGUAUAUAGGAAAUUUAUCAGAGUUAUAGGCAAGGUGAAGAAUUUAUAAGGAGAAAAAUAAGUGUUUUCUUCAACAGAGCACACAGACAUGUCUGUGACGUGCCUGAUGUGUUCGUGUAUGUUUGUGCAUGUGUACGUGUGUGUGUGUGUGUGUGUGUGUGUGUGUGUGUGUGUGUGUGUGUGUGUGUGUGUGUGUGCAGUGCAGGUGUGUGUGUGUUAAUGCACAUUCUAACAUUUCUCAGAUAGAGUUAUGUUUACUGCAUUUACAUUCUGUAUUUGUUAGUGUGUGUGUGUGUGUAUGACACCGUCAUUCCACAUCUUGUGCACAUGUAUGUCUCAUGGGUUUUUUUUUUCACGUCAGCCAUGUGGAGCCAAACUGCCUUUCUCCUGCCCGCGCGUUUGGAUUCAGCCUUGCUUCAGUCUACGCGGCGACAGUUUACAGACCUCUGCCCCCCAACCCCACCCCCCGCCCCCCUAGAGAGUGUGAUUGGCCCCACUGACCUGUCACUCACCUCUAAGCCCAACCAGUGAGCUCAAAAGGGCCAUACUGUCAUUAUUGCCCACAACAACUGAAACUGUAGGCCACCCUUUAAAGGCUCAGGGGUCCCUCUUCACUGCUGUAUAUCCUGACUAGUCAGCACGAGUCACUUCAGAGUAAUUCAGAAGGAAAAGCAAGAGGGUUGUUACCCCUACUGUGGAAUGUCUCAAAGUGCUCUGAGAUUCAAACCAAAACCUUUGACAUUUGGUUUUUAUUGGUCAUACUGGCUUCCAUCUCUUACGCUGAAGUGCACCCUGCACUUUUUCUCAAAAUGGAGUCAUGAAAAUGAGCACUUUAUGCAUCAUCCAAAUACUAUGAGAGAGAGAGAGACAGAGAGAGAGAGAUUCAGGGUGCAGGGUGAGUUCACUGUUCGUGUCAAUGAGCCAGGUAUCCAUGAAUGCAACAUGGAAGCGUUUUUUCUUUCUUUCUUUCUUUAGUAAAGAAAAAUGCAAUGGCAACAGUGGCUGUGUGUGGUGUGAUGUUUUCACCCUCACAGUUAUGUAGUGCUGGUUACUGAUGUGUCUGAAAACAAUGUGAGAGACCAUAAUAUUAGAGCGCACAGUUGCAACGCUAGAUUGUCAAUGGUUCACAGGAAAUGCCGUUCGAUGAAAAGAAAGCAUCUGACACACUAACAUACUAAGAAUCCAGUUGUCUCUCCAUAGACCAUCAAAACUAAAUAUCCUUUCUGGGUUUCUAACGACCAUGCUUGUUUUGUUUUUUUUUAUUAUUAUUAUUACGAUUAUGAUAUUAUGAUGUCAUUGAGUACAAAAGGGUUUAUUGACAAAAACAAUCCAUUCCGAGUGGUUGUUGUGACAGUAUGUUGAGGAUGAUGAAGAUGAUGAUUGUGACGAUGAUACUAAAACAAUAUUGUUGUGAUCCAUAUUUUCUUUUCAAAUCUGUGUUCUCACAAACUGGGUUUUCAAGGAGUUAGUUGCAUCCUGACUGUAGUGCUUGUCCUAUUUCCAUUCCCAAGUAAGAAAUACCACGGAUUUGACCAAGAAUCAAGCAAACAUUUCAAAUGCUUCUGCGCUUGUUCUGCUGUACACCCACUCUGAGUGAACUUGGACUGUUUUGACUUUGCUGUGUGAUGAUCAAGGUAUUGGUUGAUUGUCCUUUUAAAAUAUUGAAGUUCUGGUUGGAAAUGUUUCUGUUUUAUAGAUUCAGUUUCACAAUCAUUUUUAGGUUUAUUCCACUGAACGACGUGCUGACAUGAUACUCCGCGUGUGUCUGUGAAUAAUUCAUAAACAGUACUGUAUAUGAAAGGGUGGUAGUCAACAUUGUCGCUUAUGUUUCUGUUUGUUUGUUUGUUUUUUCCUGAAAUGUAUGAACAUUCUUCCUCUAGCUGAAAAACCAAUAGGGACCAUUGUCUUGUUAUGCUACUGAGGGCUUUCAUGUGGAGAUGUCAAGGAUUGAUGAUGAAUGCAGUCGGGGAAAAAAGAAAUCAAAUGCUUGGAAAUCACAAUUAACUGUGGUCACGUUUACAUUCAACUUUCCUUCUUGCUUUUCCCUGUCAAAUCAAAUAACUUAUCAGAAUGAAAGCAUGGGUUCUAUUUUGCCAUGUUAAUCCCCAAUGUAAGUGCUUUUUUUUUCUCAUAGAAACCAAGUUCUGACUCAAACUCUCAAUCUGAAUUCUGAAACAAAUAUUGACUCUUUUCCACUGAUUCUGUCGAAUAGAAGCUUUCAAUUCUUUAAACCUCUCAAAAUGAGUUCAGACUAAUAAAUCUCAAGUUUGUUCUUUAACCAAAAGGACCAACCCUCAACCACUCUAAAAAAUGUCGAAAAUCAUGGGCCUUUUGAUGUUUCUAUGGUAACACACCCACUCUUCAUUCCAGAUUAGAAUUCUUACUGCACUUGCUGAAACAUCCCCAUUCUCUCCCCCACAUAUAUUUUUGAUCACACUCUGAUAAUGCUUUUCAAGCAAGUUGAGGCAUUACUCAUUCCACUUUAGUCAUGUCAGAAAAGGAGCCUGAUAAUAUCUCUUUUUUAUUUUGUUGUUUUUUUUUUUCCAGAGCUGUUUUGAUCUCUAGAGAAGAAUCAAAUAGAUUUAUACAUAUUAUAUAUAUAUAUAUAUAUAUAAUAUGAUACGUAAUACAUUAUAUCCGCACUGUUCAUGUGCAGUGUGCACUGAUGAUGCGGAGGGUCAGGGCCGUGCUGUGCGUGGCUCUCGGCUCUGCCCAUGACUUUGCCUAAUAGAAAACUAAGCUAAAGUGGCUUCUGAUUCAAGUGAUGUAGGGAGGUCUGAAUAAAGAAGUAUUCAAGAAACUCA